AAGUGCUUAUUGUUUUAGGUUAUAAUUAACAUUAACAACAAAAAUAACAAUCAAAACGAUAUUAAUCUAUUAUUAUUAUAAUGAAUUAUGUUAACUGAAACUAACUAAAGAUAAAGCUAAGAUGGAAUUAAAUAAUCAUUUAUGUAUUGAUACCAAUAAUACAUCAAAAUUGGGACAAUGUGAAGUAUGUGGAGUCUCAAGUGCAAAAUACACAUGUCCAAAAUGCGAAGUAAAAACAUGUGCAUUGAAGUGUAGUAAGAUUCAUAAAUUAGAACUAAAUUGUGAUGGCAUAAGAGAUCCUACAAAGUUUAUUUCUUCUGCUAAAUUUUCCAAUACUGAUUUGCUCAGCGAUUACAGGUUUUUAGAAGAAAUUUCCAGGUCUAUGAGUGGAGGUGCAAGCCAACUUCUUAAACGAAAUAAUCAUCAAUCACAGGGUUUACAGCAGUUAAAAAAUGCUGCUCGAAUACGAAAAACCAAUCUAAAAACUCUACCUGCACAUUUUACUAAAAGAAAAAAUAAUACAACUUACUUCAACUCAGAAAAUAACACAAUAUUCUGGCAUAUAGAGUGGAUAUUUGGCAAUGCAGAUGUCGCACUGUAUGACACAAAUAUAUCUGAAACUCAAAAACUCGGCGUUCUCCUAGAGAGACAUUUAACACAAACAGAUAAAAGUUUAAUGGAACAGUUACAGUAUUACAGAAGUGUAGGAGUUCCUGGAGUUAAACUACUGUUAAGGGUCGAGCAGACUGCUGGGAAAAAAUUCUUUGAGUUAGAUAGUGAUUUAAUGCUGCAAGAAUGUCUAAAGGGGAAAUUAAUAAUAGAGCACCCUACUAUUUAUGUCGUAUUGAAAAACUUGGCACAUGAAUAUGAAAUUGUAGAUUCAGACAACGAAGAUGACCAUGCGGAGGUACAAUCGGGAACUGAUGUGAUAAAUAACAUAUUAAAAAACGAAGAAAAAGAAACCAAAUCAAACAAGAACAAUUUAUUAUUUACAUCAUAAAAUUUAUUAUUUACAUCAUAAAUGUCGAAUAGUGUUCUAAUAAAAUGUUUAUAAACUUA